GCCGUCCUGCUGUGGGUGAAGGUGUGAUCACUGCGCGUCAUCGCUGCACUUCAUUGGUGGUUUGCGGCUGCGUCGGUCCGCAUGGCAACCAGCAGGCUGAGUCCCAGAGAGAAGAGAGGGAGAGCUGCUCUGUGUGUGCUGCCCGGGACUCCUCCAUCCUAACCCCUGUCUUUGUCCUCUCCUCUUUGACUCUGGGACAUUUGUCCUCUCCUCUCUGACUCUGGGACAUCUUGGAGCUCGUGGACGUGUCUCUGCGGCUCUAUGCGCAGUGUGAUUGCGCAGACUGACAGCCUCCCCUGAAACAUCUGUAACCAUGACAGCAGAGGAGACAAUCAGCAUCAAGGAGGCCGAGGUGAUCAAGGCCAUCCUGGACUUUCUGAACUCCAGGAAGCUGCACAUCAGCAUGCUGGCCUUAGAGAAGGAGAGCGGCGUCAUCAACGGACUCUACUCUGACGACAUGCUGUUCCUCAGACAGCUGAUUCUGGACGGGCAGUGGGAGGAAGUGAUGCAGUUUAUUCAACCUCUGGAAGGGAUGGAGAAGUUUGACAAGAAAAGGUUCCGCUACAUCAUCCUGAAGCAGAAGUUUCUAGAAGCUCUGUGUGUGAAUAACGCCAUGUCUGCAGCUGAAGACCCUCUGAACCUGGAGCUCUCCAUGCACGAGGCCGUGAAGUGCCUGAACAGCCUGGAGGAGUUCUGCCCGACCAAAGACGACUACAGCAAGCUGUGCCUCCUCCUCACCCUGCCGCGCCUCACGCACCACGCAGAGUUCAAAGACUGGAACCCGAGCACGGCGCGCGUACACUGCUUCGAGGAGGCCUGCGCCAUGGUGGCCGAGUUCAUCCCCGCGGACAGGAAGCUGAGCGAGGCGGGCUUCAGGGCGAGCGGGAACCGACUCUUUCAGCUGCUCAUCAAAGGGAUCCUCUACGAGUGCUGCGUCGAGUUCUGUCAGAGUAAAGCUACAGGAGAGGAGAUCACAGAGGGAGAGGUUUUGCUCGGUGUGGAUCUGCUCUGUGGGAACGGCUGUGAUGAACUGGACCUGUCCCUCUUGUCCUGGCUGCAGAACCUCUCCCCGAGUGCCUUCACCUGCGCCUUCGAGCAGAAGACCCUCAACAUCCACGUGGACCGCCUGGUGAAGCCCAGCAAGGCCGGCCACGCUGACCUCCUCACCCCUUUGAUCAACCGCCUGUCCCCCUGCCCGGCCUCACCCUUCCGUCAGAGGCCUCACUCAGCCGACACCUACAUGUCCAGAUCCCUCAACCCGGCUUUGGACGGUCUGUCUCACGGUCUGGCAUCCCAGGAGAAAAGAGGCAUGGAGGCGAACGUGAAGUCGGCUCUCAGUCGGAGCCUGGUGGAGAACAACGUGCAUCAGGAGGAUGAUUCACCUGAGAGGAAGCAUCGGCCAGGGCUUGAUGGACCCAACACGACACGCACGCCUCUGACUCCUGGGAAAGAUGGUGGACCGCCCUGCAGCACAGAAACCAACGAGCGUCUGGACUCCACAGAACACAUCCAGGAGUACUACAGGCAGCGUCUCCGGGUGCAGCAGCACCUGGAGCAGAAGCAGCAGCAGAGGCAGCUCUACCAGCAGAUGCUGCUGGAGGGAGGAGUGAAGCCCCAGGACGGGACCCAGAACAACCUCACUGAGACCUUCCUCAGCAGGUCGAUUCAGAAGUUGGAGGAGAUGAACGUCGGCAUCGACCACAGAGCAGACGAGGUGAUCUCACAGCUGGGCCAGCCGAAGAACGGACUCCCAGGGAACACCAGCACCUCGAGUCCCAGAACCACCAACACCACCAGGAACACCCCGGACACCGGGCCGCCGAGGGACAAGCCGGGCGGGUGGGCCAGCAGCACGCCGUCGGGGACCGGGAGUCACGGGUUACCGUCCCUCAGUGAGUCCCCCGUUCCGUCCAGUAAGAGUGCUGAGAGGAUCAGAGGGUCCGGCCCGACGGUCCAAGGAGACUCCCCAAGCUCUGGGACACGUAACUCACAAGAGCCAGCCAAGUCCAAAACACAGUUUGUGAAAGUGAACCAGCUGGAGGACACGCAGGCGGUGCGAGCCGUGGCUUUCCACCCCGCCGGAUCGCUCUACGCCGUCGGCUCCAACUCCAAAACCCUGAGAGUCUGCGCGUACCCGGAUACACUCAGCCCCAGUGCUUCUUCUGCGAUCAAACAGCCGGCGGUGCGCUUCAGGAGGAACAAACACCACAAGGGUUCGAUCUACUGCGUGGCCUGGAGUCACUGUGGACAACUCCUGGCUACUGGAUCCAACGAUAAAUAUGUCAAGGUGCUGCCGUUCAAUGCAGACACGUGCAACGCCACAGGUCCAGACCUGGAGUUCAGUAUGCAUGAUGGGACCAUCAGGGACCUGGCCUUCAUGGAGGGCCCUGAGAGUGGUGGAUCCAUCUUGAUCAGCGCUGGGGCCGGAGACUGUAACAUCUACACCACAGACUGUCAGAGAGGACAGGGGCUCCACGCCCUGAGCGGACACACCGGUCAUAUUCUGACUCUGUACACGUGGGGCGGCUGGAUGAUCGCGUCCGGCUCUCAAGACAAGACGGUCCGGUUCUGGGACCUGCGGGUGCCCAGCUGCGUCCGGGUGGUGGGCACGACUCUGCACGGCUCAGGAAGUGCAGUCGCCUCGGUGGCGGUGGACCCCAGCGGCCGCCUGCUGGCCACGGGUCAGGAGGACAGCACCUGCAUGCUGUACGACAUCAAAGGAGGACGCAUCGUGCAGACGUACCGACCACACGGCAGCGACAUCCGCUCCGUGCGCUUCUCACCGGGAGCUCAUCAUCUCCUCACCGGCUCCUACGACAACAAGAUCAUCAUCAGUGACCUCCAAGGUGACCUCACAAAGCCCCUCCCACAGACGGUAGCAGGGGAGCACUGGGACAAGGUGAUCCAGUGCAGGUGGCACCCUCACGACCAGAGCUUCCUGUCCUCGUCUGCAGACCGGACUGUGGUCCUCUGGGCGCCCGGAUCCUAAACCCAGAGACACAAGAACACAGAGAGUCAGAGAGUCAGAGCAUGGAGCGUCCACUGCAGGGUUACCAGUAUUUGUGUGUGUGUGUGUGUACAUUUGACAACACACAGUGGGCUGUUUAUGUAGAGUUAACUGUGUGUGUGUGUGUGUGUGUGGGGAGGAGGUGUUAAGUCUUAGUUUGCACCCUGAAAAUGUUUGGCUCACAAGAACGCUGGUGGUCAAAAUGAAGAGAUGUUUUUAGUCACACUCACGUGAUCGUCACUAACUGUUAAGGAUGUGUGUGUGUGUGUGUGUGUGUGUGUGUGUGUUCACUUUCUGUGUUUAUAAGCAGAGCUAAGAUGACGGAGGUGUAGUAGAUAGACGGAUGAUAGUCGGAGCACAGCGAUCACACCUUCAAGUACGUUUCCUUUUUUUCCUCACAGACUUCCUCCGAGUCGUCUUUCUUCAGAACUCGGUCCAAAAACACACGAGGGGUCAGAGAAGCCACGUUCAGUUAUGCAUAUCAUAAACGUGCCUUUUUGUAACAUUUGUAGAGAUUUGUGGAUUUUUCUGAGAGAUUUAUUUAUUUAUUUAUUCAACCUCAGCAGCUUUACUUUGGUAUUUCCUCAUCGCCUGUAGUCAUUUUUAAAUCCAAGAGAAUAUUGAAAGUUUUGUGACAGUGACAAAAACAAUGUUUGAAUAUUGUGUUCAGAUCAAAUGCAACAUGGAGAUAUUUAAAUGUAGUUUUAAGAGGCGUUUUUGUAGUUCCUUGCAGAAGCACAUUUGAUUGGUUGAUUCAUGUGUUGUAAGAAAAAGGGGGCGGAGUCAAAGAGGCACUUUAUAUUUGAAUGCGGUUAGAUUGCACAUCGUGAAAUGACACAGCUUUAACUUUCUCCUCCACUUUCAUCGAUCACCUAUGCAGAAACCUGAUGUUCAGAGAGAGAGUGUAAGAUAAAGAGAGUGUCAUACGUUUUGAAUUGUUGUUAUAUUUUGAUCACAGAAAGCUCAUGAAGACAUUUUACAUUGAAUCUGUUAAAAAGUGUUUGUGCAGACAAAUGUGUGACAAUGGAACUGCCAAGAGGUCAACGUGGUUCAAACUGUGAAAGGUUGCUGUCUGUCGUCACACGUCGUCUUUGCUUUUGAAUAAAUGAAGAUUUUUUUGAAGUUAGAAAUGUUAAACACGGAUUGAAUAAAGAUGCAAAGUGCCAUCACA